AUGACCUCGGCCGCUUUGUCGUCUUCUUUGGCACCCGACUCAUCGCCCCUGCGAUCCGAGCGGCGCUUAAACGAGCGCAUCUACAAACCUAAUGUUUCAAAGAACAGCCCCUGCAAUCCCUCCCCAUAUCCCGCUCAUCAAGGAACUCCUCCGGAUGAUGUGAUGGAGAAGCUUACCAAAUUCGUCGAUGAGCAUAGCGCUCAAAUAAAGGAACUGCUCGCCAAGGCUGGCAAGCUCUAA